GAGCCGGAAGGCGUCGAGACUCAGUGCAGGCCCCGCGCGCCCUGGCCAUGGAGUUUCCGGACCUCGGGGCUCACUGUUCGGAGCCCAGCUGUCAGCGUCUGGAUUUCCUGCCCCUGAAGUGCGACGCCUGCUCGGGCAUCUUCUGCGCAGACCAUGUGGCCUAUGCUCAGCAUCAUUGUGGCUCUGCUUACCAAAAGGAUAUCCAGGUGCCCGUUUGCCCACUCUGUAAUGUGCCUGUUCCUGUGGCCAGAGGGGAGCCCCCUGACCGAGCAGUGGGGGAACAUAUUGAUCGUGACUGUCGUUCUGACCCGGCUCAGCAGAAACGUAAGAUCUUCACCAAUAAGUGCGAACGUGCUGGCUGUCGACAGCGGGAGAUGAUGAAGCUGACCUGUGAUCGCUGUGGCCGGAACUUCUGCAUCAAGCACCGGCACCCACUGGACCAUGACUGCUCUGGGGAGGGGCGACCCACCAGCAGGGCAGGCCUUGCCGCCAUCUCCAGGGCUCAAGGCCAGCCUUCCUCAGCGAGCGCCGUCCCCAGCCCGAGUUGGACCGGUCCUGCCUCUACCUCUCCCAGCAGAUCCCUAGCCCCGUCUCUGUCCCAGACCUCUCCGCCAGUGAUCACGCUGCAGAACGGCUUGAGUGAGGAUGAGGCUUUGCAGCGAGCCCUGGAGCUGUCACUGGCCGAGGCGAAACCCCAGGUCCCAAGUUCUCAGGAGGAGGAAGACUUGGCUUUAGCCCAGGCGCUGUCAGCUAGUGAGGCUGAGUACCACCAGCAGCAGGCUCAGAAUCGCAGCAUGAAGCCAUCCAAUUGCAGCCUGUGCUAGGGCCUUGGGCAUGGGGAAGGAAGCUCAACUGAGGACAGCUGUGGCCCUCACUUCUUUAGGGUAUGUGAGGUGCAGAGGCCUGGAGACGCUGGCAUGAGGCACAGGCACAGUGUGGCCACAGGGAGGCCUCUAGAGAGCAUCAGGAGGAAAUACUGGUGGAGUGGAGAUUACAGCAGCCCUGUGGGCCUACAGAGCUGUGGGGAGAGUGGCUGUGCAUGGUUGGGUCCUCUGAGGGGGCUGGCCAGUUACUGUCAUCAGGAUGCCCCUCACAUGGGGGUUGGGUGGCUGUCCUUCCCACCCCCCAGAGAGGGGCCUGGAAUAAGUAAAGGAGCUUGACAAUAU